AUGCUGGAGCUGAGAAGAGCAAUCAAAAUGGUGGCGCAACUCCCUCUCCGCCUGGCAUGGCAGGGCAAACAGGUUCUGAAGGAGAGUCCACACACUGGCAUGGACGCAGGAACAGACCACGAUCACAUAAAGGGCAGUCCUUUUGGCCUCUACACUCAGGGAUUUCACCAGCAGUUUGUGUUUUGGUUUGUGAAGGCUCAAGGCCACAGGAAUGUGUCCGGCCUGAAGCUACACGGUGGUCGUGGUGAUCCAGGCGGGAGUCGAGCCGUCGUGGAGAAAGUCGGCUCUAUUCACAGCCUCCACACGCGGGUCUUCACUCUCAGGGCUUGGGGUCUGCUUCCCUCCCCGAGUGUGGUGGGCUGUGACGGCUGGAGGAGCUCGAAGAAAGCUCUUGAGGCCCUCAUUCAGGCCGAGCAGCUGCUGUCAGAGAGUUUGAGUAGAGGGUGUGACCGCUGGCAGGCCUCACCAAUGCCGAGAGACCGGUUGGUGAUUAACAAAAUGUCAGUAGACUUUGGAAUCUGGGGAGCCCUGUCUGAUGGCUUUGUCCGGGCCGCAGCUCUCUCCCUCACACUGAAGGUCUUCCAGGUGGUGCCUCUGAGCUCCCCACCCCCACGGAGCCUUCUCUGGGGCUGA